AUGUUUGCGUCGUUGAUCAGAUGGUCGCGCACGACGUACCGAGGCGCGCGUGGAUCAGGUGCAGGUCGCUCUGGCAACACUGAUGCACGCUCAUCUAAAGCGUCGCGGCCCACGGAAGUCCUCGCAGCACAUGCCGGACACACAUUCAAGCGAGCUCAGCGUGGCCUUUAUGACGGACGCAUCGUCCAAUUCGGCAACACUAUUCCCAAAUCCAGACACAAGACGUCGCGGAAAUGGACACCCAAUAUUCAGCGUACGACACUCUGGAGUGAGACACUUCAAGAAUACGUGACGACUCGCGUGGCAACCUCGGCAAUGCGAUCCAUUGAAAAGCAUGGGGGUUUGGAUCAGUAUCUCGCACGAACAAAGGAGUCGCACCUCGGCGAAUUUGGUCGCACACUUCGGAUGCGCGUCGCGCGCGCUCUUCGAGACAAACGCAUGGAAAACGCUCAAAGUGCAUAA